AUGUGCCAUCGGAAAAAGACCAAAUGUGAAAUCGAGGAAUCCAGUUCGGCAUGUGUACAAUGUAUGCGCCGCGGCACACUUUGCAUUCUUCCGGCGCAAAAAGAGAAGCGGGAUGAUCUACAAAGUGAUGAAUAUGUCCAUUCCUUGAAAGAGCGAUUGGCCAGAAUUGAGUCGCUGUUGAAGACAGCUGGUGUCCUGCAAGAAGGUGAUAUAAGCGACGACGACCUUUCUGAUGAUGACGAUUCGCUGGAUUGUGAUAUCCCGGCACCAACAGAACCACCCUCAAGGCUUGCAGCCUCUUUAGCUACCAAAUGCGGUGAUCUAGAGGGGACUCCUAUCUUUCGGGCGGAUGAACGAGACGACUCACGAUAUUUCGGAAAAUCCUGCUCGCUAUCAAUACUAUCACGCACGGGGAUAGAAUGGAUCAAAAGUAAAACAGGCGAUGUCAGUUUCUUACGGGUGAUAUCGCCCGACUCUAUACACGAUAAUCCGUGGAAUCAAUGGCGCCCCGAUGUAUUCCACGACCUAUUCGCCUCGCAGGUUUUUAAGCCUCUGCCUUCGAGAUCAGAGGUUUUUUCCCUGAUGAAGGACUUCUUCCGGACGGCCAACCUGCUUUUCCCUAUCUACCUUGAGUCCUCAUUCAUGAAAAUGGUCGAAUGGCAAUACACGCAGCAAACAUGCGAUGAUGCUGCUCGUUGGGCCAGUAUCAACAUGGUGAUCUGCUUGGCUUACGAAUACCGAUAUUCGAGUAGCCACAAGUCAGAGAAAGACAAAGAGAGGGCGGAACUAUACUUCAAGAACGCCAUGUCGGUCUUCACGGAGCUGGCGCUCAAACGCACCGACCUGCUGAGUAUACAGGCACUAAUAAGCAUGGCAUUCUUCCUCCGCGGAAACUCGGGCACUCAAUCAGCACUACCACUCAUCACUGCGGCCAUGCGGUCUGGUCAACGCAUGGGUCUCCAUCGGGAUAUCGAACGACCAGACCUUAGCCCGGAAGCACAGGAAGAAAGACGACGCGUAUUUUGGGUUGCUUUUGUCAUCGAUCAAAGUACUUGUUUAAGGAUCGGAAACGCUCCAUCUCAGCACCCGGAUGAUUUUGAUGUCCCUCUCCCAGAAGAAAUCGAAAGUGAUAAGCUUGGCCAGCCUAAGUCUGAUAUAACAUUCUUUCGCCAAAUGUGUCGAAUGUCCGUCAUCAAAGGUCGCAUAUACAGCCGGCUGUACUCCGCCAAAGCAUUACUGAGGCCACCGCUUGAGAUCUACAAAACCGUCAAAGAGCUACAUGCAGAGCUUGAGGAGUGGAAUCGCGACUGUCCAACUCCCACCGAUCACAAAGUGAAAUCCAAUGAACGCGACUUCCUUUUUGGAUUUGCUUCUCUGGGCUUACAUUUUGUCUAUCAUAAUGCGCUGAUCAUGAUACAUCGUGUGCCCCUCUUUAUUAAUUACAUCGUGACAGCCAGAGAUGAGCCACAGGAGCUUCAGUCUCUCAGCAACGCACAUGCUGCAAAAUCUGGAGCCAUUGGAGCACAGGCUGCUCGAAAUACACUCAAGCUCAUCAAUAAUAUGCCAUGGGGAGACAUCGCCUGGACCUGGUCGUUGCUUUACUACGUAUUUUUAGCAGCCACAACGAUAUUUUCAACCAUUCUACGAGAUACUCGACAUGCCCAAGUUCGAGCAGAUCUCCAAUCCCUCAACAUGGCCUCAACCUUCUUUGCGACUCUCACCCCAAAUGGCCAAUCAAACAACUAUGCAGGAUUCAUGACCCGCAUAAGUGCCACUUUGGAGCGCAUUGCCAGAGUCGUAGUGGAGAAAGACCAGAAAAAAGCACUUUCUUCCGAGCAGAGCAAAGAACACAAUUCCAAGAGAAGAGACGACCCCCAAGCCACAGCUGCACGGCACACAAAACAGCAUCGACCCACAAACCUCAGAACAAUGACGCCCACCACCGUUCCCGUCCAGCCACCAAAUGUCAAACAAACGAACAUGGGAAUCCCAGACUCUCUAGAAGGCUUCCCACCCAUCAACUCAUCCGGCUACGUGGUACCCAUCAGUCCAAGCUCCAGCCAAGCCAUAAACACGGACCAGCCGCUCAUCGACGAAUCCACUACCUCGGCCUUCCUAGCCCCCAUCCCAGCAUGGCAACUAUCCCAGGAUUUCUCCACAACACCAAGCACUGCCAUCCAUUCCCCAGAUCCUUACAACAGUGAGAACCCGAUCCCGGACAUUUUCCAGGUCCCAAUGGAUGGCAAUUGGGACUACAGUGGAAACCUCUUCGCGGGCCUCUUCCCCCCAGAACAUAAUUUCCAGUAUAACCCCGCUCAAGCGAAUUCAUAUCCAUCUAUGCCGAUUCUAUCGGCUGAGUCGUUCAUGAAUGGCGCGCCUGCCGUUGAUGGUAAUGUACAGGGUACUGGGUUGGAUGGCCAGGAUAUGGGCUUUGGGUAUGCGCCUGAUGGCCAAGGGAGUGGGUAUCAUGGAUCUGAUUCCGUUUGGUCGAAUGGGUUUUUGGGGUUAUUCUAG